CCACCCGGUCUCUCAGAACCCAUUCAAUUUUCUUGUGUUUUCUUGUGCGGAAAAGAAAAGGAGAAUACUAUUGUAUCUUAAAAAACCCAGAGAAAUCGAAACAAGGAAAACGUCGAGAAAUGGAUCCGAAAAUCACAGAAGUUUCACAAGCAUUCGAAAGAUUUAAAGCGGCGUUUGUGCGGAAUGAUUUUGACAAGUGUAGUGAACUCCUGUCCCAGCUCAAGGUUCUGCUGACAAAAUUUAAGAGUCUACCUCCGUUAUUUGAAGAAACACCAAAUGCAAUCCAUGAAUUGACACUAGCAAGGGACAUAUAUGAGCAUGCAGUUGUUCUAAGUGUGAAAAUUGAGGAUCUGGAUGCUUUCGAGAGGGACUUUUUCCAACUGAAACCUUACUACACAGAUGCAUGUGGCCGUCUUCCACAAUCCCCUCAGGAGUAUCUCAUCUUGGGUCUUAACCUUCUGAGACUCCUUGUGCAGAACAGAAUUGCUGAAUUCCAUACUGAGUUGGAAUUACUUUCUGCCAUCGCUCUGGAAAAUCCUUGCAUCAAGCAUGCUGUUGAGUUGGAACAGUCCUUCAUGGAAGGAGCUUAUAACCGUGUUUUGAGUGCUAGAAAGACGUUACCUCAUGAAACCUAUGAUUAUUUUAUGGAUUUGCUGGCAAAGACUGUCAGGGACGAGAUAGCUGGAUGCAAUGAGAAGGCAUAUGACAGCCUUUCUGUAAAUGAUGCGCAGCAAAUUCUGCUGUUUUCUUCAGAUCAAGAACUAGUUGAAUACAUUAAGGUGGAGCAUCCUGAGUGGGAGAUCAAGAAUGGGUUUGUAUAUUUCAAACAAGCCAGAGAAUCCGAGCCUUGCAAGGAAAUUCCUUCUUUGCAACUCAUCAAUCAAACACUCAGUUAUGCAAGGGAACUGGAGCGCAUUGUGUGAGGAAUGUGGUUUCCAUUUGCUAUGACUUCAGUUUUUCGUGGUUAAUCUGUUGUUUCCGCUUUGGAAUAUUUCUUAAUUAAAGUACAAAAUCCAGAACGAUGAAAUGGUAAAACGUUGUUGGAUUAUUGUUAUUAUUUUUGUAUUUUGUCCAACGGAAUCCAUUUUCCUUAUUUAUUGUUGUAUUCCAAUUGAAGGCAUAUGGACUGAUUUAUGGGCAGCAGAUCAGUCCUCUAUAUUUCUAAUA